UAGAUACGCAAAGGCCAUCCAAAAUCUUAAAUACUCAUAGACUUCGCUUCCAAUUUAUUUUAUUCAUUCAUUUAUUAAAAGAUCACAUUUUGUUCUUCGAAUGUCAGAGAGCUGCAACUCUCGGCAUUUCUCAUGGCUGAUGAAAUCUUGCCGCCCGAAUCCGUCGGACGCCAAAUCCCUAGCUCCGAUCCACCAACCUUCUCCGGUGGCUUCUUCAGCGUCGACGGAGACGGAGAUUUCUUCUCUGCCGGACGAUUUGCUGCUCGAAUGUCUCUCCAGAAUUCCUUCCUCCUACAUUCCCUCUCUCGCCGCCGUCUGUCGCCGGUGGUCUCGCCUCCUCCUUUCCCCUUACUUUCUUCACCUCCGCCGCCGUCUAGGCCUCCUCCGGCAUUCUCUCCUCGCGAUCUCCGCCGUCGAAUCCGGCCUCUUCGCCGCGAUUCUGCAGUUCCAGUGUGAGACUGGCGGCUGGAGAGUCUCUUUCGCGGCUUCUAGUAGCUCCUCAACUUGUUUCGAUGGUGGUCAGGUAGGUCUUGCUCAUGCUCGCGCGGUAGCUAUCGGAUCCAGGGUUUAUGUUGUUAGCAGAAACUCCGUCUUGAGGUACAAUUCGUGGAUGGGAACUGUCACCGUGAGAUCUCCGAUGCUUUUCCCUCGGAAGAAGUUCGCCAUGGCUGUCGUUUCUGGUAAGAUCUACGUUGCUGGAGGAGGAGGCGGUGGAUCCGGUGUCGCGGCUGCGGUGGAAGAGUACGAUCCUCAGAAAAACCGAUGGCGAGUGGUGGCUCAAGCCCCACGAAGAAGGUAUGGAUGCAUCGGAACAGCCUUGGACGGCGUCUUCUACGUCAUCGGAGGCCUCAAAAUCGUUAACGACCUCUCACGCGCCGCCGCAGCGGGAGCUGCCGCCGCCGAGGCACCCGUCUACGCGAGCUCCAUGGAUCUGUUCGACGUUGGGGCAAGCCAGUGGCCGUUCUGGCGGUUCCAUGCCCUCCGACACCGCACUGGCGGCGGAGGCGGUGCAUUAGGGGAAUGGAGGAGGCUGAGGUCUCCGCCGCUUCCGCCGCAGGUUCGAUUAGACGGGACGGUGAGAUUCAGCUGCGUUGGGGUGGAAGACAAGGUAGCGGUGGUUCAGGUUGUGGGAUGCAUAGACGAUUUGCUCCGGCGAAGCGGAAGGAGCGAGAGAGGGUUGAGAGAGAGUCUGGUUUUGGUGUACGACACGGCGGAGGGCGAAUGGAAGAGGGGAGCAGAUCUGCCGGAGGUGAUUUCACGCGCCGCCUGCGCGUGCGUUGAGUGGUGAGGAAUGGGGACUAGUUUGGAUGCGCACGGUAAGGGUAAAAGGAAGGGGCUAACGUGCGCGCAUGGUGAAAAUUAAGGGGACACUGCCAUGAUAGCGAAUGAUAGUUUUUUUUUUUUUACUUGCACGUUGCUUUGAUUAUGCGUUUUGAAUUUCGAUAUGAUUUAUCGAGACGGAGGAAAAAAGCCUCGUCUUGGGAUUCUUACCUUAUUGGCUGUUUUCAAACGGCAUUCUUUAUUCAAUGUGAAUUUUAUAUUUUUAGAAAAAGAAAAAAAUGUACUAAAGGUUUUAGUCA